GUUGUAGUGCAAAUAAAAAUCGUGUCUUUCUCCCAUUGUUCUUAUCCUUUUCUUGAACAAUAGCUCUGCCUGGGCUGCUGUCUCUUGGCCCACUUCACAACACGGGCCCCGAAAAAUAAUGAAAAAAAAAAAGGAAAAACAGUUGACGUGGAGGAAGAGUCUGGAUAGAAUUCAAUCAAAAUCUCUCCACCAUAGCCACAGUGCCAUUUUCAUGAAUACACAUCGCUGCUGAUCAAGAAAUGGCUACUCUAUUUGCUGCUCCUGCUCUACAGAAGAGUUUCAAUCACCAUCGCCAUGCUUAUUGCUCUUCUUUACAGCUUGCUUCAUUGCCUAAAUUCACUUUUUCAGAUGCUUCUCAUCCCGUUUCAAUCUCUUCGCACAGCUCAAUUUUUCUCGGCUCGAGUUUCUUCACUGCCCAUCAAAUGGUGGUUGUCAGAAAUGGCAUUGUUAAGUCUUCUGGGGUGAAAAUGUCAUGGGAUGGCCCUCUUUCUUCUGUGAAAUUGAUCAUUCAAAGCAGGAAUUUGGAGUUAACUCCUGCAGUGAAGAGCUAUGUGGAAGAGAAGGUGGGCAAUGCAGUUUCAAAGCAUAGUCAUUUAGUGAGGGAAGUAGACGUUAGGUUGUCUGCCCGGGGCGGGGAGUUCGGGAGAGGUCCAAAAUCGCGAAGAUGUGAGGCGACGUUGUUUACGAAGAGGCAUGGAGUGGUUCGAGCAGAAGAGGAUGCAGAGUCACUCUAUGCUAGCAUAGACCUGGUUUCAUCAAUCAUUCAGAGAAAACUGAGAAAGAUAAAGGAGAAGGAAUCGGACCAUGGCCGCCACAUGAAAGGUUUCGACCGGCUCAAAGUUAGAGAUCCUGAUGCACUUGCAAAUUUGAAGGAUAUAGAGACGGUCCCUAGUGAAGGAGAUGAGCAGGAAGAUACUGUGAUUGAUGAGAUUGUUCGCACAAAGUACUUUGAUAUGCCACCGUUGACUGUUAAAGAGGCGAUCGAACAGCUGGAAAAUCUGGACCAUGACUUCUUUGGCUUCCGGAAUGAGGAAACAGGUGAUGUUAACAUUGUGUACAAAAGAAAGGCAGGAGGCUAUGGGCUCAUUAUUCCCAAAGAAGACGGGAAAAUGGAGGAACUGGAACCCGAUGCAGUUAGAUCAGCUAUGAAUUAACAAUGAGUGCCUGAAGCUAUGUCAAAUUUUGUAUCAAAUGAUGUAACUAUGGAAGUUGAAAUUUCCCAAAUACACAGAUGGCUUUCUGCGCUGCGUUCUACAUUCGUCGCUGUUUUACGGAUCUUGUUUUCUGUUUAAA